CGCGGUCAAUGACGUCAGCAGCAGCGUUACCGAGGCAGAUGUUGUACAACACAUGAAAUAUUACCGGCAGUCUGUAAGCUCCGGAGCUUCCUUACCAACGUCAAACUGUGAGUGGACCUAAAUGAGCCCGGGAUCGUCAUCUUUUGAGUAUUGUUGUCCAUCCAAAGCCUUUCGGCGAAACCCGUUUGAGGAACAGGGGUGCCUGUAUUGAAGCUAGCGGUAGCUACCUUAGCUAGUGUAGCUGGUGAACUUUUACCUUCGCAGAGUAACCGUCAACUUUAUCCAGCAAGCUAAUCGGCAGGUGAAGCUAUUGGCUACGUUGACGGACUUUGAACUGUCCUAGUGUUAAGAUUUCAGUAUCGCUAGCUGUCACAGAGUUGCUAUCAGUAGUGCUGGCUGAGUAGCCAGAGCCACUUCCUUGUGUCGUUCGAGGUCAGUCUAAGAGAGCCAGCUGUUAUCUGGAAGCUAGUCAUGAAGAGCCUUCCGUAUUUCUGCCGGGGAGAGGUCAUCCGAGGAUUUGGGAGAGGAAGCAAAGAACUGGGAAUUCCCACUGCCAACUUCCCUGACUCAGUGGUGGAUAAUCUUCCAGCAGAUAUUGGCACAGGGAUCUACUAUGGCUGGGCCUGUGUUGGUAAUGGUGAUGUCUACAAGAUGGUGAUGAGCAUUGGCUGGAACCCUUACUAUAAAAAUACCAAGAAAUCUAUGGAAACCCAUGUGAUUCACACAUUCAAAGAGGACUUUUAUGGGGAAAUUCUCAGUGUUGUCAUGGUGGGCUACAUCCGUCCAGAGAGAAGCUACAGCUCACUUGAAGCGCUCAUUUCAGCCAUAAACAACGACAUUGAGGAGGCAAAGUUCAAGCUGGAGCUCCCAGAGCAUCUCAAACUGAGAGAAGACAACUUCUUCACCAGCAUUCCCAGCUCGUCAUCAGCCCUGACCCCCUCCACCGCCACCACAUCACAGACUAUUAUGAAUGGGCACUGACCGCUGGCCGUGACUGUAGCACUUUGUGCACACACUCCGGCACACACAACAGAAAAACAGCGGUUUCUGUAUGCACGCACAUGUGCAUGUACUCUAAAAAUGCAAAGCCUCAUUCUCACAUCUAUUAGCUGUCAUCAUGGCUGCACUUAGACAUAUUCAAACAACCAUUCAUUUUUCAUGUGUCUCAACUGUUAAAUUUCCUGUAUGAGCUUCUUGCAGACAGCCAUUAACUGAAUAGAUGUUUAUUUCUAUAUAUCCACACCAGAUUGCCUCAUCUAACAGCAUAAUUAUUUAUGAAGCUCUUGGUCUUGUUGGUCCUGAUGUAUCUUUUAUGUGAGAAGGUACCUAAAAAUACAAGUUUUGUGAUGAAGUAUGACCACAAAAUACACAUGACUCAGUACAACUUGUGUAUAUAUAAUGAAAGACACCAAAGGACCGUGGACUAAACUCUGUGAACACUAUCUUGCCAAGGUCAAAAAUACAAUACUUAUGUGCUUUUCUAUUGACAUUUGUUUCUGUGUCAGAUGGUUAGAAAGUCUGGGCAUUAUUAUCUGUAGCAAAAACAUUGGUCGCACUGUUAUUUUCUUUAAACAAUGUGGCUAAAUGCAAGGCAACUGUGUGAGGACAAGGAGAUUAAAUUAUGAAAUUAUAUAAAUGUAAUGGUAUUAAAGUAUCCUUGCAUUCUC